AUGGAGAUCUCUGAAGCGCCGCGUUUCGAAUAUGUGACCUUGGUGUCGCUUGAUGGUUACGAAUUUGUCGUACCCUAUGAAGCUGUUUUGUGUUCGGGCACACUCCGCCGCAUGCUGGACCCUAAGAACAGUUUCCAAGAGGCUAUCACCGGUCGCUGUGUGCUUGAAACCAUAAGGUUUGUCCCCGAUCCCGACCAUCGUAUCUCGCCACUUGCUUUGCUCCGUAAUAAUAACCACUCUAUCCUCUCGUGUAGCGGCUAUGUCCUCGUGGAAGUCUGCUUUUAUUUUCUCUACAACUAUAUUCACAGGAAUGAUCAAGAUGUGAAAGAUAUGGAAAUUCCCACCGAGCUCUGCCUUGAGCUGUUGAUGGCUGCCGACUAUCUGGACGUUUAA